AUGUUUGGAAUCAUCGGCUAUAGUCUGUUGUUAGGAGUUAGCGAUACUGGUGUGAGAUAUUUUGCCACUUUCUUCAUCGCGAUUCCAACUUUUACAGCCGUUGGCCUGAACCUGGCAUGGUUGAAUGUCAAUGUCGCUCCUCAGUACAGACGAGCUCUGGAAAUUGGCUUGCAGCAGACCAUAGGGAACUGCGCGGGUAUUGUUGCCGGGCAGGUUUAUCGCACUUCUCCAUAUGUUCUUGGUAAUUCAUUUUCAUUGGGAGCUGUCGUGGCAUCUCAAUUCGUUGUUGUUGGUCAUGGGCUUUACCUGCGACGCCAAAAUAAGGCGAAGGAUGAGAUUGAAAGGGGAGAAAAGGAAGAUACCCGGCGAAUCCAUACUGGAGAUGGGGCAGUGGACUUCAAGUACCAUUAUUAG